GUUUGUUUUGACUUGUGCCGACGCUAAAGGUUUGACAGUAAAAUGCGGAUCGCACUGUUGGUUUCCUGUUGCCUGUUCGUAGUUGCUGAUCUCCAGUCUUCGAAUUCUGGGAACUGUUCCCUGACGUGCAUUCGCCAGGGAGGACCAGGAUGUCACUACUGCCGGAUAAGCAACGAGGAAGUGGACCAAGUGCUCGGCUUGAAGUACAGAAGUACUUUGGGAAGUUGUACUCCUUGGCCGUGCCUUCAACUGCUGGCAGAAGAGGACACUGUAAUGUGUCAACACUUGGUUCAAGCACCGCACGACAUCAACAUUGAGUUUGUAUCCAGCACAGACCUUCAUUCGGAUGCUGUGGUGAUCUCCUGGAGGCCCAGUGAACAUGGUAUCGAAUUCUUGCGAGGCUUCCAGGUGUCCUUGCAGUCCUUAAGAAGGUCCGAUCUUGCCUGUCAUCUUUUUCUCUUUCAGCAAAACUUCACAGUCCCAACUUCACACGCUCAAAAGGUGUACAAGUCGGACGUUUUCUCGGGCCUCUCUCUUGGUUCCAAAUAUGCUGUGACUGUCAUGGCCCUGCCUGUGCCUCAGGAGUGGGAGAAGUUCUAUCACAGCAAGAUCUUCUCCACACGCUCGUGUGAAGAGAAAACUGGUGUUCCCGAGUGCAAAGCAGACUGGCACCCCAAGUAUGUUGAUGUGCAGCAAAAAAAUACGGUGGUCAUCGUCACCUUCAACCUGGCUCCUCCUAUCCUGGGCAUCACGAGCUACUUCUGCAUCUGUACAGCAAACGGCAAGACGACAUCCACGGACAUUAUUCCUAAUGUCUCCAGAAACAAAACACACCACAGCUUCGCACUCAGAGACCUCGAAGAAGGAAAUAAUUACACAUGCGAGAUCGCAGCCAAUCAAGCAGACGCAGUGAGGAAAAAAUACAACAUCUUUGUCAAGAAGCGGGAAGCUACAUUGGGACAUCACAGCUUUCCCUACUGGAGUCUGGCGUUCUUUCUCGUGUUUGUCGGGGUGACUAUUUAUGCUGUCACCCUGGCUGUGUUCACCAGUGACUGCUACACACAAACAAAGAAACCUAUCAUCGAACCAGAAAACCUCAUAAAGGAAGUGACUAAGAUGAAUGAAGACGGGCCCCGAGCGGACAUACCGUGUGACGAGAAGGUCCGCAGACCCGACACCUGGCAGCAGGGGACAAUUUGCGGCGUGGUGUAAAAAAAAAAGUUGUACCGACGUUUACAAAAGCGAUACAUUUGACACACAAAAAAAGGCAAUCUUUUUUUUUUUGCAGUUCCAUAUAUUCACUAAUGGCAGGGGUCGGCAACCCAAAAUGUUGAAAGAGCCAUAUUGGACCAAAAAUACAAAAACAAAUCUGUCUGGAGCCGCAAAAAAUUAAAAGCCAUAUUACAUGUGUCAUGAGAUAUAAAUGUAAUUAAGAGGACUUAAAGGAAACUAAAUGACCUCAAAUAUAGCUACAAAUGAGGCAUAAUGAUGCAAUGGGUGAGGGCGGACCUACGUCACUUCCGCCUACCAAUCCCCUAGCAACCGGGAAUUUGUUGAAAACAAACCAGCUCACAGCGAACACAGUAUUGACAGAAAAAGCUUUUAACGAGCGUUGUGGCUUGGAAGUCGGCGUUAAAUCCUUCAUUUACGCAUUUUUACUUAUUCGCAUAUCGUGUGAAAAAACGAAAAUGUAUUAUUUGCGCCAGACUCGUCUCAGUGAACUUUAAAGCUUCUCAGGCUUAGCUUAGCUUAGCUUGCUAGUUAGCUUAGCCUGCGCGCUACUAAGAAAGAGACGCGGAAGUUAUCAACAACAAGAUCAAGUGUUAGUGUAUAAAAUAUUGAGAGAUUUGAUGGCUACAUGUAUUGUUUAAGUACAACUGUUCUUCGCCAGGUGUUCUUUGGCCGCCCUGGCUUACGUUUUCCCGGUGGUGUCCAUCUUAACGCUGCCUUUGGUAUCCUCUCGUUGUCCGGUUUUCGAAAAUAGCUAGCUAGGCUAUAGACUAUAUAGUAUAUACCGCAUGUUAUUUUUUUACAACAACAACUUCAGCUGUCGAACGUUACAAGGUACAAAUUCAACAAGUACAACAUUAGCACGGACGGUAUAGCCAAGUUGUGGUUAAGAAGGUGGGUUUUUGUUCCUUAUAUUUACCAGAAUUGAAGUGAUCCGAACACACGACCCGGGACUUUGGGGGACUCCAGUGAGAACCGUCCUCGUUUUCCCAGUGUAAAGCUGCGAGCCAUUUGUCUCGUCUCUGUGGGCUUCUAUCACGCUUUGGCAGAACAAAAUACAACCUUUGUUUUCCCUGUUUCCAGUUGUGGUUAGCACAACCAAAAACAACACAGUUUUUCGGCAUUUUGGAGGCAGAAUGACGGGUUUAACCAGCGUAGGUUGACAGGUUAAAGAGUAAUGGCGACGGUUUGUUUUCAACGCCAGUCUCGAUGCUAUGGCUCGAAGAACCCGUAUGUAGCUCAGUUGCCCGGAUGUCGGCCCUCACCCAUUGGACCAAAAAUACAAAAACAAAUCUGUCUGAAGCCGCAAAAAAAUUAAAAGCCAUAUUACAUGUGUCAUGAGAUAUAAAUGUAAUUAAGAGGACUUAAAGGAAACUAAAUGACCUCAAAUAUACCUACAAAUGAGGCAUAAUGAUGCAAUAUGUACAUAUCGCUAGCCUAAAUAGCAUGUUAGCAUCGACUAGCUUGCAGUCAUGCAGUGACCAAAUAUGUCUGAUUAGCACUCCACACAAGUCAAUAACAUCAACAAAACUCACCUUUGUGCAUCCACGCACAACGUUAAAAGUGUGGUGGACAAAAAUGAGACAGAAAAAGUGGCAUAAAACACGUCCUGGAAAGUCUGAGAAAGUUAUACAUGUAAACAGACUAUACGGUGAGUUCAAGGACCGCCAAAAUAAGUAGGACAAAAGGGCGCUCGCCAAAUACUCGAAUCAGUGAAGCAUGUUUAAUAUAAACAGUGUGAUUUAUAAUAAUUGGGGAGGUUUGUGUCAUGUUUGUCCUCCUACAGAAACCAUACUAAAACAAAAAAAUAGAUUUUUUUUCCCCUCAUCUUUUUCCAUUCUUCAUACAUUUUUGAAAAAUCUCCAGAGAGCCACAAGGCGGCGCUAAAGAGCCGCAUGCGGCUCUAGAGCCGCGGGUUGCCGACCCCCGACUUAUGGAAACCAAAAUUCACCACUUUUAUGAAUAGCUACGGAAGUUUGUUGCUCAAAAACAUGUAUUUUUUUACACGUGUUUGAAGUUUAGUGGAGUGUUUAAUGGCACUUUGACCUUAAAUGAAGGGAUGUAUUUGCUGUUAUAUUAGAGUUAAGUCACUGACAGCCAAAACAAUGCACUUUGCGAGCUAUACAGGAGGUAUACUUUACUGCAGGGGUCACCGACCUUUUUCAAAGCAAGAGCUACUUCUUGGGUAGUGAUUAAUGCGAAGGGCUACCAGUUUGAUACACACUUAAAUAAAUUGCCAGAAAUAGCCAAUUUGCUCAAUUUACCUUUAACUGUAUGUUAUUAUUAAUAAUGAAUGAUAUUUACACUUAAUUGAACGGUUUAAAAGAGGAGAAAACACGAAAAAAAUUACAAUUAAAUUUUGAAACAUAGUUUAUCUUCAAUUUCGACUCUUUAAAAUUCAACCGAAAAAAAGAAGAGAAAAACUAGCUAAUUCGAAUCUUUUUUUAAAAAUUAAAAAAAAAAUUAUGGAACAUCAUUAGUCAUUUUUCCUGAUUAAGAUUGAUUUUAGAAUUUUGAUGACAUGUUUUAAAUAGGUUAAAAUCCAAUCUGCACUUUGUUAGAAUAUAUAACAAAUUGGACCAAGCUAUAUUUCUAACAAAAACAAAUCAUUAUUAUCCUUAUUUAUUAUAACAAAAAUUUUAAAGGAAAUUCAAAAGACUUUGAAAUAAGAUUUAAAUUUGAUUCUACAGAUUUUUCUAGAUUUGCCAGAGAAUUUUUUUUGAAUUUUAAUCAUAAUAAGUUUGAAGAAAUAUUUCACAAAUAUUCUUCGUCGAAAAAACAGAAGCUAAAAUGAAGAAUUAAAUUAAAAUGUAUUUAUUAUUCUUUACAAUAAAAAAAAAAAUUACUUGAACAUUGAUUUAAAUUGUCAGGAAAGAAGAGGAAGGAAUUUAAAAGGUAAAAAGGUAUAUGUGUUUAAAAAUCCUAAAAUCAUUUUUAAGGUUGUAUUUUUUCUCUAAAAUUGUCUUUCUGAAAGUUAUAAGAAG